GUUUUGCAUCAAUACAUUUGGAGGUGAAUAACUCUUUAUACAAUCAAAUCUAGUAUUUGCUAUAAAAAAGGGUUUUAGAAUUGAUAUGAGGCAUUUUUAGAAAGUACUUUUUUUUCUCUAUUACUUUGUUUUUAAUCUAAAACCAAAUAGGAAAAAGGGUCGGACAAUCUCCAGAUUUUUGAACGUUUAUUUAUGCGUUUGUAAAAUAAUCCAACACCACAUGAUGUCGCACGAGACCGUGGAUUUAAAGGCGAGCAAAAUCUGAACUCCUCCUCCUUUCAUAGGGGAAAAAGGGAAAACAUUAAAAUCCACAUUGGUCUUUCGCACGCGCACGGACGGUGUUUCGGGGGCAAAGCGGAGCCUUUGUGACCACGCGCGUUCUUUUUGAUGGGAAUAGAUUUCCUGUGGAUGUUGGAUCACACGAGUUGAGCUUUUCGGAUGCAUCAAAAAUGUGUUCUCCACGGCAAGAGGAAUAUGUGUGGAUACGCAUCGUUGUGCUUCUUUGUCUGUGGGACUGCUCUGCUUCGCAUUUAUCCUACUCGAUCUCCGAGGAGGUGAACAAAGGCAGCGUGGUGGGAAAUAUCGCCAAGGAUUUGAACAUCAAAGUGCAGGACUUGUAUCAGAGGGAUUUAAGUAUCGUUUCGAGUUACAGUAAGAAAUAUUUUGACGUGAAUUUACAGACAGGGAACCUCUUUGUUAAUGACAGAAUAGACAGAGAAGAGCUUUGUGCGCAUUUAGCAAAAUGCUCGUUAACAAUACAAGCUGUUCUAAAUAAUCCAAUGACAGCACAUCGGAUAGAGAUCAACGUUGUAGAUGUUAACGACAAUUCUCCUGCUUUCAUGGAAAAUAUGUUUGUCCUAAAUAUCUCCGAGUCCUCGUUAACAGGGGAGAGAUUUUUCCUCCCGGUUGCAGUCGAUGCAGACGUAGGAAGCAACUCCGUAAAGAGCUACAAGCUGAGUCAGAAUGAACAUUUCUCUCUUGACGUGCAGAGCGGUGGAGAUCACGGUGUGUCGGCCGAACUGGUGUUAAACACGGCCUUGGACCGAGAAAAGCAGUCCGUGAUCACACUUGUUCUAACAGCGAUAGAUGGAGGAAAACCUUCCAGAUCAGGAUCACUGCAAAUACAUGUGAAUGUGAUCGACGCAAACGACAAUGUCCCCACAUUUACAAAAUCACUUUAUAAAGUACGUGUGAAAGAAAACGCACCUCCGGGGACAAUUGUCCUCAUUUUAAAUGCCACCGAUUUAGACGAAGGAAUAAACAGUAAAAUCACAUAUUCUUUCAAUAAAAGAGGAAAUUUUGACCCAUUAAAAAUAUUUGAUUUAAAUGCAGAAACAGGGGAAAUUACAGUGAAAAGCAACAUAGAUUAUGAAGAAACUCAAGCAUAUGAAGUGAGAGUUCAAGCAAAAGAUCAGGGCACAUCUCCUAGAAGUGCCCAAGCAAAGUUGCUGAUAGAGAUAAUUGAUGAGAAUGACAAUGCACCGGAAAUAGCUGUGACGUCUUUGAUGACUCCAGUAAAGGAAGAU